GUAUGCUUCGUUUCCUGGACCAGGAAAACGAGCACUUAAAAUGCUCAGGAAUUGGAAACGUCCUUCGCCCAUCACCUACGAUACUUGCGCUACCCUUGCCCGGCAUCCCUGUUUGGAUGCCCACUAGGGGGCGCAUCCUUCCAUUUUUAGUCCCGUUUCGAAGCUCGGCUUCCCACAAUGCACUGAGCCAUCGGUUAUUAUACAGUAGUCCUUGUUUGCACUCUGGAAGUGGGAACAAUGCUGCAGGCGGCUGCAGGCGGCGACUCGGUUGGUCCGGCCAACCUUUUCUCUGUCUCUCUGUCUCUCUCUCUCCCCCCCCGUCGGGGAGCGCUGCGUAAAAGUUGUUUCUCUUUCCCCCGCACUCCCUUCGCGAAUGCUUAGCUGGUCUCUCAUCGUCUGUUUAUGUCGUUGUGGUGCCAAAAAAGUCAAAAAAGGGGUUCAGAUGAAUCUUUCAGAUUAAUGGAUUGGAGGCUAGUUUGGGGUCUUGGACUGCAAAAUUUGAAGGCUAGUGGACUACUGGCAGCAUGAUGACGGCGAGGGAUACUGAUAGCAUGGGAUUCUACAUGGUUGCCUUGCUUACUGGAUGCUAAUUCAGAAUGCGGACUACAACAGUACAUUUGAAGUGCUCCUUUUGUGUGUAUCUGGCCCAGAGAAGACUUCUGAUUGCCAUGUCAAUCCCCUUCUCUCUUGUCUUGCGACUCCCAGUUAACUGAAGCUUGAGAGAAGUGUUACUGAUCGUUGGUUCCCGUCAAAUCAAAAGUUGUAUCCUUCAUCGCAAGAAGAUGAAAUUUCCAUUCUAUUGGCUUUUUGUCAAACAGACACAAUAAUAUUUCCUUCUGGAAAUCCUGGGAUACAAACUGUUUUGGGUAUGGCUACUGAUCCCACGUGAUAGAGGUGUGUGGCACCAACCUUGGGACUCAUGACUGGGUAUACAAUGUUGCGGAAUGGGGGAGUAGGGAAUGGAGGCCAACCUUGGAUGCUUCGAUGGUCUAGUCGGAUUCGACUCACUUGGCUUAGCUUCACAUUAUUCAUUAUCCUGGUCUUCUUUCCGCUGAUUGCCCAUUACUACUUAACCACCAUAGAUGAUGUAGAUGAUGCUGGCAAGCGUAUCUUUGGUCCCCGCAUAGGUAACGAACUUUGUGAGGUGAAGCAUGUUGAGGAUUUAUGCCGAAUUCGAGAGUCAGUGAGUGAAGAGCUGCUCCAGUUGGAAGCUAAGCGGCAGGAGUUAAACAGUGAGAUUGCCAAACUGAAUCUCAAAAUUGAAGCCUGCAAGAAAAGCAUUGAGAAUGCGAAGCAGGAUCUUCUGCAACUAAAGAAUGUUAUCAGUCAAACAGAGCAUUCAUAUAAAGAGUUGAUGGCUCAGAACCAGCCCAAGCUUUCACUGCCGAUUCGGCUGCUACCAGACAAAGAUGACUCUAGUUUUCCCAUGCCAAAAUCCAAUAGAAACUGCCGGCUGCAUAAUUGCUUUGACUAUUCACGUUGUCCACUAACCUCUGGUUUUCCCGUAUAUGUCUACAACAGUGACCAAUUUAACUUUGGGAGCUCAUUGGAUCCUUUAAUUAAGCAAGCUUUUGAAUCCACUGUCAGAACUAACAUAUAUGUUACUGAAAAUGCAAACAUUGCCUGUCUCUACAUUGUCCUAGUAGGGGAAAUGCAGGAACCUGUAAUGUCUAAACCUACUGAAUUAGAACAACAAUUGCACGCUCUGCCAUAUUGGAGGACAGAUGGACAUAACCAUCUCAUUAUUAAUUUAUCCAGGAAGUCAGAAACUCAAAACUUCCUUUAUAAUGUCAGUACUGGGAGGGCCAUGAUUGCCCAGUCCACCUUUUAUGAUGUACAGUAUCGUCCAGGUUUUGACAUUGUAGUAUCUCCUCUUGUCCAUGCCAUGUCUGAACCCAACUUCCUAGAGAUCCCACCCCAGGUGCCAGUAAAGAGAAAAUACUUAUUCAGUUUCCAAGGGGAGAAGGUUGAAUCUCUCCGAUCCAGCUUACAAGAAGUACGAUCAUUUGAGGAAGAAAUCGAAGGCAAUGCGCCAGCAGAUUAUGAUGAUAGGAUCAUUACCACAUUAAAGGCUGUUCAAGACAGCAAAUUGGACUUUGUCUUGGUGGAAUUUACAUGUAAGAAUCAGCCAAAGGCAAGUUUGCCCACUGAGUGGGCUCUUUGUGGAGAAAGGGAAGACAGACUACAGCUACUGAAAUUAUCUACUUUUGCACUGAUAAUCACCCCGGGUGAUACCCAUCUUAUGAUCUCUGCUGGCUGUGCAAUGAGACUGUUUGAGGCUCUAGAAGUUGGGGCUAUUCCAGUCAUCCUUGGAGAGCAAGUCCAACUGCCUUAUCAUGAUGUAAUUCGGUGGAAUGAGGCGGCCUUAAUUAUACCAAAGCCACGUAUUACAGAAGUGCACUUCCUUCUGAGGAGCAUUUCUGACAAUGACCUCUUGGCCAUGAGGAGGCAGGGCCGCUUCUUAUGGGAAACCUACUUUUCCACUUCAGACAGUGUUUUUAGCACGGUCUUGGCUGUCAUAAGGACUCGAAUCCAAAUUCCAGCUGUUCCCAUUCGAGAGGAAAUGGCGGUGGAGAUCCCUCAUCGUUCUGGCAAAGCUGCUGGCACAGAUCCCAAUAUGGCGGACAAUGGAGAUUUAGAUUUGGGGCCAGUAGAAACUGAACCACCUUACUCAUCUCCUAAAUAUUUACGCAAUUUUACUCUUACAGCAAUGGAUAUUUACAGAAAUUGGAACUCAGCUCCUGGUCCCUUCCACCUUUUUCCUCACACACCCUUUGAUCCUGUAUUACCCUCAGAAGCCAAGUUUUUAGGAUCAGGCACUGGAUUUCGACCUAUUGGUGGUGGAGCUGGUGGCUCUGGGAAGGAAUUCCAAGCUUCAUUGGGUGGCAAUGUUCCCAGGGAGCAGUUUACAGUAGUCAUGUUAACCUAUGAGCGAGAGGAAGUCUUAAUGAACUCCUUAGAGAGACUCAAUGGUCUCCCUUACUUAAAUAAAGUUGUAGUAGUCUGGAAUUCCCCCAAACUUCCAUCAGAAGAUCUCCUUUGGCCAGACAUUGGUGUUCCAAUUGUGGUGGUACGGACUGAGAAGAAUAGUUUGAAUAAUCGGUUUCUGCCCUGGGAUGAGAUUGAAACAGAAGCCAUUUUGUCCAUUGAUGAUGAUGCCCACCUUCGCCAUGAUGAGAUCAUGUUUGGAUUCCGGGUCUGGAGAGAAGCUCGGGAUCGCAUUGUAGGAUUCCCUGGGAGGUACCAUGCAUGGGACAUCCCUCACCAGUCCUGGCUCUACAAUUCCAAUUACUCCUGUGAACUGUCCAUGGUGCUGACGGGUGCUGCUUUUUUCCACAAAUACUACGCCUACCUGUAUUCUUAUGUGAUGCCACAGGCCAUCCGUGAUAUGGUAGAUGAAUAUAUCAACUGUGAGGAUAUUGCCAUGAACUUCCUGGUUUCUCAUAUUACUAGGAAACCACCAAUCAAGGUGACUUCCCGGUGGACUUUCCGUUGCCCUGGCUGUCCUCAGGCACUCUCUCACGAUGACUCCCAUUUUCAUGAGCGGCACAAAUGCAUCAACUUCUUCGUCAAAGUCUAUGGCUACAUGCCCUUGCUGUAUACGCAGUUCCGUGUUGACUCAGUCCUCUUCAAGACCCGGUUACCACAUGACAAGACUAAAUGUUUCAAAUUUAUCUAAGCAGAAGACAGAGCUGUGGAUGUCUGGAACUGGCCUAUGGACAAGGCAGAAAGGUCAAUGAACUGGGGGACAGUUGCCCCUUUCUGUUUAUAUUGGGACAGAAGCCCUGCCAGAACUGUAUGGCACAGGACUCCGUUGAACGAGACAGCUUUGACUCACUUAUUCAGAAAAAAUAAAAGACUUUCUUUAGAUCCCCAGUAAGUUGUUUCACCAAGGGUAUAACUGGGGUUUUAAAAAUAUUAAUUAUUAUUUAAAAUGAAAGAGUUUUAGAUAUGCCUUUUAAGACCUUUUGGGACCGGGGGCGGGGAGUAUAAUUUGAUUUUCUUUUCUUCCCAGCCUAAUGAUUCUUGGAGGGUAGCAGAGACCUAAGAAAUUCCUGUAUUCCUUAGUGAGCAAGUUAUGCAGUUGGGAAAGUUGGAUUUGGUCACCAGAGGCUCAUAACCGCUUGCUCUUUGAUCUAAUGUGCUUCAGUUCUGGAUUUCACAGAGGAAAUUACGUAUUCUCUCCACCCGGAAUCCCAGAUCUCCUCUGUUUCCCUUAGUAGCUCCAAGGAGCUCAUUGCUAUGGUCAAGCUUUUUCCUUUUUGUUCUCUCUCACUGACCUUGUUGUAAAGCAAGGUCAUCCCAGAACGCUGCCUGUCCUGUGUGCCUGCUGAUGGAUUAUCUCACAACAACACCACAGUGACUUCCUGUCUGUGCUCCCAAUUCACGGCUGCUGCCGUUGCCUCAGAGGAAAGAUAGCUGGAACCCCCUUUUCUACUUUUCCUUCCCACAUCCUAGAUGCUGCUUUUUCUGCCAUUAACCAAGUUCUGUUCCACUGUCUCCCUGGCCUUGGAAGAUCUGAUUCAGCUCAGAGGUCUUGAUUGACAGGUUAUUUAUUGAUUCUGUUUUCAUGCCAAGUUUCCUUAUGGUUAACUGGACCAUGGUUUUAUUCAAUUGACCCAAUUUUCUGGGUUUGCAUGACAUAACUGAAACACAGACUAACUGCGCAGGCUGAGUUUGGCCAGCAUGGGAAUCUAAACUGAUGGCUUGCUAGUUUGUAUUUCAAUGUGUCAUGUGAAUACAGCCAUAAAAUACGGACAACUAUGUUACUUAUGAGCAUAGUGCCAACAGAACAGCAGGCUAAAAGGAGCAGAUAAGUCUCAAAGAUGAGUGAGAUCUUUGUGAACGCCCUUUGGAUGAGGACUUGUAGUGAAUCUGCCAUAAUUCUACAUCUCCUGCAUCUGCAGAUAUUUUCUGUCCCCUGUCUUCCUUUUAUGUGGUCGUGGGCCUGUUGCGUUCAAGACAAAGAGAUGGUUCUGGCUUGCUAAUGGAAUUUGUAUCGAUUCCAAUCUCCGGGAUCAAUUCUGCAUACAUAGGCAUGAACUGAACAGGUUUCUGUGGCCUAGUUUCUUAGCCCUUUUCCUCCUGGUAUCCCCUUUUCAUUUUAACUACAUUCAUAGCCGUUGUUAAAACAUUCUGGAAAUUCCUUGUUGGCAAUGUGUGAGUGAGUCUCAACUUAUGUAUAAGCUGCAUUUUUUUCUACCUUUGUUUUUUGUGCCUAGAUCUUUCACACCCCAAAUUGCUAAUUUUCAAAACGGUCCAUUCCAGUACACUCUUUCCCAACGUAGGCCACUAGUAAACAGUUUUGGAGCAACUGAGAAAUGGGUGUAGUAGCUGCUGUCAUUUUUAAACCCCUAACCUUAAUUGAGUCUUCACUUCAGCUGUUUCUUUUCAUUUGUGGAAAGAUAAUAAUAAAUUAUUCGGAUUCCUAUAGCAUCUAUAAAAAGUUGACACUCCUGUAACCAAUGAUUCUGAGGGAAUAUAAUUUCUAUGUGCCUCUCCCCCAUGGACCAUUUGGUAAUGCCAAAACUUCUGUAGAGUUGCACUGCUUAUUUGUAGUUUAGCUGUAUUGAAUGUUACCAUAUUUGGGCAGUUUUAAUUAUACCCAUUUCCUUAUUUCUCCUUUUAACAUUUACUCUAAAUUACAAAAGCUCACAGUUAUCAGUCCUAUCACAGUCUUAAGGAAUGGCCAAUCCUAGGUAAAUACAGUAUAUAGUCUCUCAUUUGCAUGAGAAUAGCACAGACCUGCCCUUGAUAAAGUAACAGAACUGCUCUCCGUGGUGCUGAUCAUUCCUCAUGAAGUGGGUCCUUGCCCCACAUUUAGACUGCAGUUAUUUAGUGAUGCUGCUGAACUCAUAGGUGGUUGAAUGUCCCCCGAAGAAAAGGCAAAAAGGAAGGGCAAGUUGGAAGUAUUUUAUCAAUCAUGCUUGAUUUAAGUUGAGUUUGACUGGCCUGUUGUGACCUCUCUUUUACACAUUUAGGUUUGCAUGCCUAAAUGUAUUCAGGGCAUUAUACUCAAUUUAAACUAAGCCUUUUGGGGGUGAAGGUAGCUAUGUGUUGAUGGUAUUUUGUCUUAUUCUGACUCUUGCUACAUGCUCAGAAAAUUACUUCCUGGUAAAUAUGUGGUUGAUCCCAUUUUCCAGAACUGAGCAAUGCAUUUGCUUACCCAGUUCUUUCAAGCAUCAAUUUUGAGUUGAGAUUGUAUUUUUUUUCUUUAGCUUGGAGUGUUUACGCUACAACAGGAGUCCUUCCAUCUUUGUGAUAUAACUUGCAAUUAUUCCAAGUUGUUCCCCUCAAUAGAUAGGGCUAUCCUGAUUGUCCAUAGUAAGCUGUCAUGCUUCCAGAUCUCUAUCAUGUAUGAGGAAACCCAGAUUACAACCCUAAUAUGCUUCAAAGACAUAAGCAAGCAGCAUCUGUUCAUUUAUAAAGUUUAUAACAGACAUACCCUCUUGUGGCUUUUAAGUAUCUACUGAUGAUGGAUAAUAACUCUAAAUAUCAUCCCAAAUAUGAAUUUGGAAAGGCACAGAAUGUGAAGACGCUUAGAUUGAAUCUUACUCUACUGGAUUUCAUGCUUGAUCUGCUGGGAGAAUGAACAUGUUGCUUUUUAUGUAUCAUUCUUCCAGUGAAAAUAAGAAGAAAAUAAGCAAUUGUAUGAAUUGUCCUUUUAUCAGGCCUUCAAAUCAAUCAGAAGAUCUCACCAUACUUUCACCACGCAUGAUAAAAAUUUCCAACCAAUAACUCUGCUGUAGUCGAUAUGCUUUUCUGUCAAAAUGGUGGAUUUCCUUUCCUUUGAGAAGAUGAGCCAACAGGAUGGUUAAACAGAAGGAAAACUUCCUGUUUCAUGGCAUUCUGGAAUGCCAACCACUGUAAAUGCCCCUUCCUUUCUCCCUACUCUGCUACAGGUUUUUUUU